AUGUCUGAACCGCUGAAGCUCAUCGGCUCCUUCGGCAGCCCCGUGGUCCACCGCGCGGAGGUGGCCCUCCUUCUGAAGGGAGUCCCCUACGAGUUCAUCCAAGAAGACCUCGCAAACAAAAGCGAGCUGCUGCUGAAGCACAACCCCGUCCACAAGAAGGUCCCCGUGCUCCUCCAUGGCGACCGGCCUGCGGUAUGCGAGUCGCUUGUCAUUGUUGAGUAUGUUGAUGAGGCCCUCGAUGGCCCGCCGCUCCUCCCCUCCGACCCCUUCGCCCGUGCCUCCGCUUGCUUCUGGGCUCGCUUCGUCAACGAGAAGUGCCGGAGGUCUGUAUGGAUGGCACUUUGGACGGACGGUCAAGUGCAAGCGUCAUCAGCGAGGGAGGCGGCAGAGAACCUAAAGCUUCUUGAGGGCCAGUUGCCGGAGGGGAAGAGGUUUUUCGGAGGUGAUACUAUUGGCUUCCUCGACAUAGCCAUGGGCGGGAUCGCGCAUUGGUUAGGGGUGUUUCAGGAGAUGGCCGGGGCAAGGCUGCUCACCGAGGAGGACCGCCCAUUGUUGUGCAAGUGGGCGAGGGACUACAAGGCUGACGACAUUGUGAGGCAAUGCCUUCCGGAGAGGGGUCGUGUGCUUGCAGAGUUGACGGCGAGGAAGGAUCGGUAUGUGUCCAUAGCUAUGACGAUGGCCGCAAAGAACUCCUAG